AUGCAGACCCUCGUCUCUCGCUCAGCUGUCGGCCGCAGCACCGUCCUCAACCGCAGGGAUGCCCAGCGGCGCCCCUCCCGCGUUGCCGCUCCUCGCAGCGGCAAGGUCGUCCUUGUCGCGCCCCGUGCGUACUACGGCGCCCCCGGCUGCGGCCCCUAUGGCCCCAACAGCGAGCAGGCGCGCCAGGCGUGCCGCAUGAUGGAGGAGAUGGCCAGGCAGUGGGGCGGCACCAUGCGCAACGGCGGCUUCUCCUUCCCCGGUGGUCGUGUGUGGUUUGGCGCAGAGGGCAACUGCGGCAAUGCAGCGGAGGGCGCCGACGGCCCCAGCCCUGCCGACCAGACUGACGCCUCGACCUGGCAGCUGGCCGUGGACCUCAUCAAGGAGGGUGACUUAUACAUGAUCACAGCUGACGUCCCAGGCGUGUCCAAGGCCGACCUCACAAUCAAGCUGCUGGCGCCCGCACCCCCCAAGCAGCCCUCCGCCACCCUGCUACUGCGUGGCACUCGCCAGGCCGGCGCUGUGGCGGCAGACGAGGGUGCUGAUGUUCAGGCUACCCCCUUGAUGCGCGAACGUUGGCGCGGCGCAUUUGAGCGGCGCAUGAGGCUGCCUGAGGACGCUGCCGCCACCGGCAUCACUGCACGUGUCAAGGAUGGCGUUCUGAUGGUGCGCGUCCCUCGUGUGCCCAAGGUGGAGCCUGUUGAGAGCGAUAUCAUCAUCGCGUAA